AUGACGGAGUUGUUAAAAGAUUGGGAUCUUGACGUAAAAAAACAAGUGUGUGUUACAACGGAUAAUGGAUCCAACAUAAUCAAGGCGACAAGAGACUUAGAAUGGCCGCAUUUGUCAUGCUUCGGACAUAAUUUGCACCUCGGCAUCACAAAGUUUAUCGAUAACGAUCGCCGUCUGAAGCGUUCUCUUGGGUUAGCUCAUAGUAUUGUAGCGCAGUUCAACUAUAGCUGGAAGAAAAGGCGUGACUUGACUGCAUUGCAGGUGAAGGAAAACAAGACACCAAAGGCUCUAGUAUCGGACUGUAGAACAAGAUGGGGAUCUACCUAUGCAAUGUUAGAGCAGAUUGGAGAUAAUAUCGACGCAAUACGCGAUAUUAUGAAGGCUGACAGAAAGACCAAACAUCUCAUUCCCACCUGGCAAGAUAAGGACUGUUGGGAAGCGAUAUCGAAGGCUCUGCGCCCUGUAGCAGCUUUGACCGACUUGUUAUCUGGCCAAAAUUAUGUUACAGUGUCCUCGCUCAAGAUUUUAUACUGGAAACUUGAGAAGAUGAUCUUAGCACACGACGAAAAUGACCCAGAAUUGACAAACGACUUGCGUGCCGCGAUCAUGGCAGAAAUAUUGGAGAAAGCACAGAAAAUGGCAGAAAGUUUAUUGAUCAUCAACAUGUCGUCCUUUUUGGAUCCACGAUAUAAAGCUGACUGUCUUUCAAACCUGGAACUCGAGGAAGUGAAGAGUGAGUUAAUCGAUGAAAUUGUGGCGAACGAGCCUACCGUUGUCCCAGAAGAGACGCUUCAAGAGACGCCAUCACCAGCAAAAAAGCAACGCACAAUGACUCUUGCUUCAUUUCUCGGCAACAUCAAACCCAACACCGUAGAACAACAAAGGAACAGCGAAAGAGAAACACCAAGACAAAAGUCAAGAAAAGAGAUUGACAGCUACCUUUCAACUAGCUCGCUGGACCUGAUUAGUGAAUCAGGGGUUGAAACCGAACCACUUGCUUGGUGGCGAGACCAUUGCCGUGACUUUCCACUUCUUGCAAAACGUGCGAGAAAGUAUCUCUGUAUACAAGCGUCCAGUUCCCCGUCUGAGCGACUGUUCAGCAAAGCUGGUCAAGUUAUAACACCUCAACGAACUCAGCUGAACCCAGAAAAGGCGAACAUGCUAGUAUUCCUUGCAGAAAACCUUUAA